CUCAAACUAACCUAACCGCCGACUCUUUGGCUCAGCGGAGGUAUCUCUCCUUCAUCUCCUCUCUCUCUCUCUCGCGCUCUCGCUGCCUCUGCAAAUGGCGAAGGGAGACGACGUGAUUGCGAGGAAGAAGAACAAGGCGAACCGGAAGAAGCUCGAGAAGCAGGGCUCAUCGAAUGUCUCGGCGCGUAUUGCCUCCAUCAUCGCCGCCAAGAAGCGCCGGAAGGCCGGCAAUCGCCGUAUUUGCCAGGGAAUGUGUUUCAGUCUUCCUACUCCUGACGAUCCCUUCAAUGAUCGUCAAGGCAAAAAGGAUCCUUUAGUCAAGGAUACCAAGAAGAAGGUACGCUCUCAAGCAGUUAAAGCAGUCCACGAGAAGGGUUCGGCUUCGGGCAAAGGAACUGCCGGAAAUAGCGACGCGAAAGCUGCUAACUUUGGAAACGGCAUGGGGAACUCUAGACCUUCGAAGAAUGAGCGGGUGAAGGGAACUGAAUCAGUUAGUAAUGUGGGCAAGGAUCGUUUUGUUGACUCUGGUAAGACCAAGCAAAAUGGUGCCUUGGAAAACUCGGGUUACCCGUCUAAAUUCCUCAUUCUGUGCUUGAAAACGAUCCAAGAUUCAUUGUGUCACUGUGAUGCUGAAAAUGGUGAAAAGAUCAGCCCCUUCUUUGUUAAUGCUUGGGGGGUCGAGUUCUGGAAACUUUAUGCGACCGGGAUGGACAUCUUGGAAACAAGUGGAACUGCUUCCUCUGUGGAGCAAAUUGCAUGGAUAGUCUCCACUGCCGCUGAUUCCAUUGCAAGAAGGGAGAAAGAGGGUCUAUCCUUCUCCAGCCCUUCUCUUUUAUAUCUGGUCCCGACAAGGGAGAAAGCUUCUGAGGUACGAAAUAUCUGCAAGCCCUUGAAGGCUCUUGGAAUACAUACUGUGAGCAUACAUGCUGGUGCGGCUUUAGAUCAUCAAAUAGACGGCUUAAAAAGCUGCGAACCUGAGUUUCUGGUAUCCAUACCUGAAAGACUUCUGGAGCUAAUUUCACUGAAGGCUGUUGAUAUUUCUGGGAUCUCCUUGCUGGUUAUUGAUGGAAGUCUUGUUGAAGGCAGAUCUCAGGAUAUGAUAACAUCUAUAAAGAAGUUCAUUUCUGGAGAUCAUCGUACAAUUCUAUUCAGUAACAGUGAUUCUGGCAUUCUGAAGUUUGAUAAUAUUUUGAAGGGGCCGAUUCAAAAACUAUCUCUCGAUGAUUCAAUCGCCAGUCUAAAUACGUGCAUCAAAAGGUUGAAAACAUGAACAUACCCUUGGAUUUUCUUGCAUCACAGAAUUCAUGAUAUAUUCGUCAUUUCUCCCUUAAAUCACAGCGGUAAAGGAGAACUCAUGAUCGACGUGGAGCGUAUCAUGGAAGAGUAUGAGGUUGUCACGCUGCCCAACUUUGUCCCCUCAAUAGAAGUUCAGAUACCGCUUCUCACGAGGAUGGCUCAUUUUUCAGUGGAAGGAGCGUUGCGGAGUUUUAUUACAAAUAGAAAAAGCACAGUUUGCGGUGUCCUUAAUUGGAAUGUUCUGAAUAGUAUGGACAGGUUGUGGCCAAAACCAUGAGACAACUUUUCUUUUUAGCUCUCCCGAAGGGAAGAAUGAGAGUGUUAGUUCAUCAUUUUUCAGCCCAUUUUCGGUUUCUCAUUCUUUCUUGUGUUCUUCCAUUUUGCUUUCGCCAAAGAUGAUGAAAUGAUAAGGGAUAAAUGAUCUAUGCAUUAUAACAUUAUAUUCCUUUUUCCUA